AAAAGAGAUCCAAAAUUUGCUGAUGUAACAGGGCGCAUUCCUUGUCCAUGUGGAAAAUGUAGGAAUCGUUAUUGGGAUAUAUCAUUUAAUGUGGAAAAGCACUUGUAUCACCAUGGAUUUAUGGAUGGGUACACAAAUUGGACCCUUCAUGGUGAAGAAAGGUGGACAGAUGGUGCGUCUGUGGUCCAAGACCGUGUUGAAGGAAGUACAAAUCCAUAUCAUGAUGUGGUUAUGAAUGCUUUUCAUGCUAGAUCAAAUCCAGAAGUACAAGAGGUGGAAGAGGAUCCAAAUCCAUCAGCUAAGAAGUUUUUUAACCUAUUAAAGAGUGCUGAUGAACCUUUAUGGGAUGGUUGUAAGAAGCAUACAAGAUUGUCAGCGGUAACACAACUCCUAAACUUGAAGUCAGAGUUUAACAUGAGUGUUAGUUGUUAUGAUCGAAUGAUUGCUAUAAUCAAAAGCAUGCUUCCAGAGUCAGAAAGGUUGCCUGAAAAUUUGUACAGAUCAAAGAGAAUGGUGAGUGAAUUGGGAUUAGGAUAUGAGAAGAUAGAUGCAUGUCCUAAUCAUUGUAUGCUAUAUUACAAAGAAAAAAGUGACAAGAAUGUUUGUUUGGUGUGUAAAGAACCACGAUUUAAACCCAAGACAACAAUAAAAAACAAGGAUGUGCCUUACUCAGUGUUAAGAUAUUUCCCCAUUAUUCCAAGACUUCAACGCCUCUUUAUGUCUGUUAAUACUUCAAAAUAUAUGCGAUGGCAUGCAGAUGGAGUACGCCAACAGGAAUUAAUGAUGACACAUCCAGCUGAUGCAGAGGCUUGGAAAAAAUUUAAUGCAACUUAUCCUAAGUUUGCUUUUGAUCCACGAAAUGUCAGGCUUGGACUUUGCACGGAUGGUUUUAAUCCAUUUAGUAAUUCAAGUAGCCCAUACUCAUGUUGGCCGGUGUUUUUAACACCUUACAAUCUUCCUCCAAGCAUGUGUAUGAAAAGGGAAUACAUAUUUCUUACUCUUAUGAUUCCUGGACCCAGAUCACCUGGUAAAAGUUUAGAUGUUUAUCUCCAACCUCUAAUCGAUGAGUUAAAGAUCUUAUGGGAUAUUGGGAUUAAUACUUUUGAUGCAUGGAAAAAACAGAAUUUCAUUAUGAAAGCAGCAUUAAUGUGGACAAUAAGUGAUUUUCCAGCUUAUGGAAUGUUGUCUGGAUGGAGUACUCAUGGAAAAUUUGCUUGUCCCUAUUGUAUGGGGGAUAUUAAUUCAUUUACUUUGAAGAGUGGUGGUAAACCUUGUUGGUUUGAUUGUCAUCGUCGAUUUUUACCUAUCAAUCAUUCAUUUCGUCGUGAUCAAUGCUCUUUUAAGAAGUCAGUAGUUGAGAACUCUUUACCACCACAAGAAUAUAGUGGCAUAGAUGUAAUAAAUCAAGUAAAUCAACUUCAAAAAGUUACGUUUGGCUUGAAAUCAAGCAAGCAAAAGCAACCUAAUUUUGGUAAAACCCAUAAUUGGGUUAAGAAGAGCAUAUUUUGGGAAUUGCCUUAUUGGUCUACUAAUAUGGUUCGUCACAAUUUAGAUGUCAUGCAUGUUGAAAAAAAUGUUUUUGACAACAUUUUCAACACUGUGAUGGACAUAAAGGCCAAGACAAAAGAUACUGCAAAUGCAAGACAAGAUUUGAGGUUGAUAUGUAAACGUCCCAAGUUAGAGUUGGUGUUGGAGAAUGAGAAGUAUAAAAAACCAAAGGCAACAUAUGUCUUGAAUUCUGACCAGAGAAAAAUGGUGUGUGAAUGGAUAAAACAACUAAAGUUUCCAGAUGGCUAUGCGUCUAACAUUUCACGUUGCAUUAAUGUAGAUGAGGGAAAAAUAUAUGGGAUGAAAAGUCAUGAUUGUCAUGUUUUUAUGCAAAGACUUAUUCCUUUAGCAUUUCGUGAUAUGUUGCCAAAGCCUAUAUGGGGUGUUUUAACAGAGGUCAGCUUGUUUUUUAAAGAGAUUUGUGCAAAUGCAGUGCAUGCUUCUGUGAUGGAGCACGCUAAGAUUUCUAUCAUCGAAACAAUUUGUAAGCUUGAAAAGAUUUUCCCACCAGCAUUCUUUGAUUCAAUGGAACAUUUGGUUAUACAUCUCCCAUAUGAAGUUAAGGUUGGAGGACCUGUGCAAUAUAGAUGGAUGUAUCCAUUUGAGAGAUGCAUGUUAUAUUUGAAAAGAAAGGUUCGAAAUAAAGCAAAGGUUGAAGGGUCCAUUUGUGAAGCAUAUGUUUUAGAAGAAAUUUCUAAUUUUGCUUCUAUGUAUUUUAAUCCAUCCAUUCAAACAAGGCGUACUCAAGUUUCUCGUAACGAUGAUGGUGGUGAAGAUAAAAAUACAGAGAAGUUAUCUAUUUUUAGACACCCAUGUCGUCCUAUUGGUAAAGGCCAUAAUAGAUUAUUAACAGAGGAGGAACUCCAUAUUGCUGAGACAUAUGUCAUUGUAAAUUGCAAAGAAGUAGGACCAUAUCUACAGAAAUUUGAGGAUUCAUUAAAGGAAGCAAAUCCUAAUAUCUCUGACGAUGAAAUAUUGAUGUCUCGAGAUAAAGAUUUCAAUAGGUGGUUGAAGCACAAAGUGCUUACUGGUCAAGUUGAGGAUCGAUUGAUUCGAGAGAUAAGUUACGGCCCGAUUAAGAUUGUAACUUCCUAUAAUGGUAUAAUAGUAAAUGGAUAUAGAUUUCAUACUAAGGAAUACGGAGCUAAUAAAUCUACCAUGAACUAUGGGAUAUGUGUUAGAGGAAAUAUAUACGGUGAAAAUGAUUUGGACUAUUAUGGAAUUGUUGAAGAAAUAUUAGAAUUGUCAUAUCUUGGAUAUCAAAACAAAAUAAUUAUCCUACGGUGUCAUUGGUUUGAUCCUUUUCAUGGUGUUAAAGUUGAUAAAUAUGGGUUGGUUGAUAUCAAGCAUAAAUCAAAGCUUCAGUCAAAUGAGCCAUUUGUAUUAGCUGGACAAGCUCAACAAGUGUACUAUACAAGGUAUCCACAUAAUAAGGGUAGAAAUAGUGCUAAUUGGUGGACAACUUGCAAGGUUAGACCAAAAUUAUUUAUGGUUGAGACAUUAAAAAAUGAUGAGGAUUUUUCAAAUGAGAAAGUUGUUAAUGAUUAUUUUCAAGAUGAUGGAUCAAUGGGAAUGACAAAUAUUGUUUUGGAUGACGAGGAAAUACAAUUGUUUGAUGAUAAUGCCCCAAUGGAAGAGGUAAACAUGGAUGAUGUUCAUUAUCCGAUACACAAUGUGCAUAAUGAUCAAUUUUUCAAUGACAAUGAUGAGCUUCUGGAUGAAGAUAUAGAGUUAAAUGAUUUAGACGAGGAGUUGGAUGAUUCAAAUAAUGAUUUAGAUAACUCAGAUGAUGAGUGGCUAUGAAUGAAUCUACGGACAAUUGCAUGUGAAACAUUGUUGUGGAUUCUUGUCGCUCAACUUUCCUAGUUUUGUCUCAUUAACUUCCUUCUUACUGGUUGGAUCAUUAAUCUUCGAGCUAUUUUACAUUUACUUUGAUUUUCUGUACAAGUUGGAGUAAUUAACCUUAUACUGUUUGGACAACACUUGAAAAAAAUGGAAGAAGAAUACAAACGCCCAAUUUCUUAUGGUGAAUUAUACAACAAAGUUCACAAACGAAAAGAUGGUCAAUAUGUGUCCAACAAAACAAAAAGCUUCAUUGAAUCAUAUGAAAAUGCUAUGACUGAAAAAUAUGGGGAAGACACGUCAAAGCAUCCUAUAGUUGACUCUGGUGUUUGGAUAAAAACAGGUGGUGAAAAUAGGAAAGGUAGAAUCUAUGGAAUUGGUCACAGUUUGGAUCUUGGCAUUGGCCCACAUGUUUCAUCCUCAACAGUUGAAGGUCCCUCCUCCCAAAAUCUAAAUCCAACAACUGAAGAAAUCACUACACUGACUACACAAAUAUCUAAUUUGCAAGAGCAGGUGAAAACACAGUUGCAAGCACAGACUGAUAUGCAAGCAUUAAUGCAAGCACAAAUGAAGGCACAAGCAGAAAUGCAAGCAGCUAUGCAACAACAGAUGCAAGAGCAAAUGCUAUCUUUUAAGAGAGAAUUAUUGUCUGCUUUGAAGAAACAAGAAUGAAGACAUGUCUUAAAGAAUCUAAAACUUUGUUUGUGUUUUAAUUGUGUUGAUGCAUUACUUUUUGUUGAUACCCUCCAAUGCUUUUGUGUCCUAAAACUAUUAUACAUUGGUGGAAACUUUUAUGUUGUUUUGUACUGUUGGAUGGAUAUACUUUGAUCAUUGUAGGAUUGAUUAUCUAUCCUUUUUAAAUAGGUAUUGCAAAUAUUGGAGGUAUUUAGACA